AACCCACAAACAAGACUCCAAAAUUUCAUCUAUGACUUCUUCACAAGACCAAUCAGCUUUGGACCUCAUAACUCAACACCUCCUUACCGAUUACCCUUCUUUAGAGACUUUUGUCUCUAGCAUUCAACAGCAUACAACCUCCACUCUAAGCCAACGCAAGCCACCCCUUGCUACCAUUUUGGUUCCUACUUCUGCACCGAAGGUUCAAGAGAAUGAUCAUCAAAGACAUUACAGAGGCGUGAGGAGAAGACCUUGGGGUAAGUAUGCAGCUGAGAUCAGAGACCCGAACAAGAAAGGGGUUCGUGUCUGGUUAGGUACUUUCGACACAGCCAUGGAAGCUGCAAGAGGUUACGACAAGGCUGCUUUUAAGCUACGAGGAAGCAAAGCAAUUCUCAACUUCCCACUCGAAGCAGGCAAGCACGAGGACUCUGUAGACAACAAAACUCUUGUAAGAUGUAAGAGGAAGAGACAAGUGCCAGAGGAGAAAAGCCAUAAAGCUGUGAAAAGGGAAGAGACGGAUGCUCAGAGUGAGGGUUGUCCGUUAACACCGUCAAGUUGGAUGGGGUUUUGGGACGGAGUAGACGGUAAAGGGAUGGGACUAUUCUAUGUGCCUCCUUUAUCUCCUUAUCCAUCACUAGCACACUCUCAACUUGUUUAAUCUUUUAAUGGUUUGUAUCCAAGAUUCCUCAAUUAGCUUCUAGAUUGGAUUGAUUGUAAAGACUUAUUUUAUAGAUUCAUCUCUUAAAUGAUAACCAAUAAAAAUUGCC